AUGGGCCAAGGUCGUUUGAGUAUUUUUUCUGGUUAUCUAUUCCCGACGCUUCGCGAAAAUAUUAGUGACUUGAGUCGAAUGAUCAGUGUGCGUAAGAUGCGUAAAAAAGUGCGAAUGUGUGAUCUACGCAUACAAGACGGGUUUGCAUUCUCAAAUAGUCGUUGUGAUCAGCUAGAGACGAUACAUUGUAAAAAUUAUCGAGAAUUGUCGAGUUUGGAAGAAAAUUCUCUCCGUGCAGAAUUUCUUAUGAUGCGUAAUAUUCCCAAAAUAAAGUUUUAUCUUUUUAAAGCUAAGUUCGAGUGA